AUGCCGCCUCCAGCGGCGGGCGCCGCCCCAGGGCCCGCCGAGGCCGGCCCCGCUGGCCGGAGGCUCGCCGCACUCGCGGCGCAUUUGCGCGCCGGCGCGGGCCCGUCGGAAGCCUGCAGGCCACCACCCUUCUCGCGGGCGUGGGCCCGGGCCCUGGCGUGCAGGGGCGCCGGCUUCGAGGAGGAGGCCGCCGCUCUCAGCAAGCAGGAGGUCCUGGAGCUGCGCCGCUCUCUGUUCUGCCCCGCGCAGAGCGUCUCGUACGCCAACACCGACCCGCUGCUAAUCGUGCGCGGGGAAGGCGCGCGGCUGUUCGACGAGAAGGGGACGGCCUACCUGGACACACGGAACAACGUGUGCCACGUCGGCCAUUCGCACCCUUACGUUGCGGCCGCCGUUGCGAGGCAGGUGGCGGUGUUGAACACCAACACGCGGUACCUUCACCCCAAUCUCGCAUUGCUGGCCCGCCGACUGGUGGCCACCUUCCCGCACGGCAGCGGGCUCGAGGUGUGCUUCUUCGUCAACUCCGGGUCCGAGGCCAACGAUCUCGCCUGCCGCCUCGCUUUCGCGCGCACGGACAGCCGCGACCUGGUCGUCGUGGACCACGGCUACCACGGCCACACGCAGCAGGCCAUCGAGAUCAGCCCGUACAAGUUCGACCACAAAGGCGGCGAGGGCCCCAGGGCGCACGUGCACAAGGUCCCGUGCCCGGACACCCUCCGCGGCCCCCACCGUGGCCCAGACGCCGGGGCGCGCUACGCCGAGAGCGUCGCAGAGGCCUGCCGCGCCGCGCCCGGCGGCAGGGUGGCCGCCUUCUUCGUGGAGUCGGGCAUGUCCGUGGGCGGCGUCAUCAUACCGCCGCCCGGGUAUCUGGACGGCUGCUACAGGGCAGUGAGAGCGGCGGGUGGCGUGUGCGUGGCGGACGAAGUCCAGGUGGGCUUCGGGCGUUUCGGCGACCAUUUCUGGGCUUUCGAGCAGCAGGGCGUCCACCCCGACAUCGUCACCAUGGGGAAACCGUUCGGGAACGGCAUGCCCCUCGCCGCGGUGGUGACGACCAGAAGUGUGGCAGACCGUUUCCAUAACGGCCUCGAGUACUUCAACACGUUCGGCGGGAACCCGGUCUGCUGCGCCGCUGGCCUGGCCGUGCUCGACGUGAUCCGCGACGAGAAGCUCCAGGAGCACGCCCGGGCCGUCGGCGAGCACCUCCGCCGCAGGCUUUGGGAGCUCUCGAAGCGCCGGCCGCUGAUCGGAGACGUUCGCGGGUCUGGGCUCUUCAUCGGCGUCGACCUCAUGCUCGACCGGACGUCCCUGGAGCCUGCUCCAGAGGAUCGAGACCUCGGAGCUGUGCGCGCGCCUCAAGGACGAGCACCGGAUCCUGACGAGCAUCGACGGCCCCCACGACAACGUGCUGGUCAUCAAGCCGCCGAUGCCCUUCUCGCGGGCAGACAUACCCUGAUCGAGGCGAUGGACGCCGUCCUGGGCAGCCUGCGGGGUGGCCUGGGCCGCACCCCCACGUAG